AUGCUGCUCCACUCACACCUCUUGUCCAGCCCUAACCUGCGAUCUAGGUUGGGGAAAUUUUGUAUGCAGGAAAAAUAUAUGCAAGAUUUGGGAUUUUAUUUGUGUUCAUCAACCACGUCGAUUUACACAGCUAUCAUGGUCCGAGAACGAUCUGGAACGGUGGCGUACACGCCCAAAAAGCAGCAGAAGCCUCUGGUGGACGACGCCCACUUGUCCUCUGCUGAGGAGGACGAUUUCAAGACCCCAGAGAGUGCAAAGAGCAAGAAGCCUGAAGCGUCACAACAGGAGCCGGCGGUGUCAGAAACGCCAGUCAAGGGCAAGGCCAAGAAGAUCACCUUUGACGAGGACGGAAUGAGUGCCGAGCCCAUCGUUGAGAAGAAAAAGGUGGUUGUGGAGGAGUCUGAAGACGACAGUGACGAUGCCCCCGAGGAGGAAACACUGGAGGAUGGACAGGAAAAGACCCUGGCCAAGCAAAAGGAACAGCAGCGGCUGGCAGCAUUAGAGAAGGCGGAAGAGAAGAAGAAGCGGCGGGAGGCCAACGAGGUGCUGGCUAAACAGGCCAAGGCCAAGAAGGACAAGCUGGAGGAGCUCAGAAGACAGGCUCGAGAGGAUGAGGAGGAGGACGAGGAAGAAGAAGAGGAUGAAGACGACGAUGAGGAUCAAGAACAGCUGCCUCUGGAGGUUCUAGAGGCACUGGAGCGGUCCAAGAACAUGCCUGUGGAGGAGCCCAAGAAGCCCAAGAAGCGGGUGUUUGAGGAGGUUGAGGAGGAGAUCAAGAAGGGUCCUGUUUCCGUGCGGGUACUCAAAAAGAACAAGUCUAAGCUGCCCCCUAAGGCCGAGGGCGCUACUACAGUCGGACGAAUGGCUUUUUUGAACAGACCUUCGAUCGACCGACGACAGGUCAAGAGAUGA